UCGUCGCCAGUAGUGUAGCACGCGACUCGGCGGUCGGUCGCGCCAUGACACUUGGUACUUGACAGUUGACACUUGACACUUGACAGUGACCAUGAGAGUGCUCGCUAUAUUCCUCCUCCUGGCGGUCCCCAUCCUCGGCCAGGAUGAAUCGUUCGCCAGCUCCUUCCUAUCAGGUCUCCUUGACACCCUGGAUACUCAAGUAGAUGCGAAGAACUGUCCCGGGGUGUGCAUGCAUGCGCUGGCUUCGCUCAUUUGUUCGAAUGUUCUGGAGGAGGUGGAGUGUCCCAAGCCCUCCAUGAAAUGCUGCGUGGAUGAACCUCUCGGUAACGACACGAUAACGACAACUCGGAAGCCCUUCACGACGCGAUACACGACAACAGAAGCGGAGGAGGACGAAGAUGUUACGACGCGACCUGACAAAUACAAAGACAGUGAAACCUCGUCAGGAAACAUCGCGUGUCCGGGCAUGUGUGUGGAGUCGCGGUACAGUCAGUAUUGCGAGGCAUACCUGGCGUCCACUGGACUGUGCGUGUCUGGGAGGCAAUGCUGUGUCUCCAGGGAUGUAUACGGAGAGAAGAGGCCGCCGGAUCUCGUGGUGCCCAGCGAGAAGAAACAAUCUACUAAGAGGCCAACGACGGCGCUGACGACGACGCCGCAACCAAAACAGAGGCCAGGGCACAAAUGCCGCGGCGACUGCAUCACGGGGCUGUUCGCCUUGCUGUGCGACCACGUCGACGAGGACGCGACCUGCCCCUCAGACGGAACCUGCUGCAUCACCGAGUCCAGCACCGAGCAGGUCACCAGGAGACCCACCACGCCCAGGCCCACCACUCCUGCGCCGCUCCCGCGAUGUCCAGGCUACUGCCUGCUCAAUCUCAUGUCUGCGUUCUGCGAGCGCCCCGCCGUCCGCCUUCACAACACCCAAUGUAAACUCAGCGGCUCCAUAUGUUGUGAUAACAGCAGAGUCCCGCCUCGCACCACGCCGCGGCCCACCACCACCACCACCACGACCACGCCGGCGCCGCACGACUCCCGGCCCGACUGCCCCGGCUCGUGCAUCGUGUCCCUGCUGUCGUUCACGUGUUUCCGAAACGCCGAGAUGACGGACGUCUUCAAGUGUAAAAAGGCUGGGACCCAGUGCUGCGCGCCGAAGUCGAAGGUUCUAGAGGCCAUGGGCAUCAGCAGGAACGACACCUUCCCGCUGGCCACCACUCACCCACACACGCAGGCCCACACCCCCCACACAUACACCCCGCAGACGUUGCCGUACACGACGGCCAUGACUCAGUACGAACCCAGCUACGUCACGACUUUGAGGACUCCCGAAAAGUACAACAAAUACGUGUGCGGCGUCAAAGGUACGUCAAGUCGUGCCGGGCGGGUCAUGGGCGGCGAGGACGGUUCCCGCGGCGAGUGGUGCUGGCAGGUGGCUCUCAUCAACUCCUUGAACCAGUACCUGUGUGGCGCGGCGUUGGUCGGCACGCAGUGGGUCCUCACCGCCGCUCACUGCGUCACCAACAUCGUCCGGUCCGGGGACGCGAUCUACGUGCGCGUGGGCGAUCACGACCUGACCAGGAAGUACGGGUCCCCGGGCGCGCAGACCCUCCGCGUGGCUACCACCUACAUCCACCACAACCACAACAGCCAGACGCUCGACAACGACAUCGCGCUGCUGAAGUUGCACGGCAAAGCUGAGCUCAAAGAAGGGGUGUGCUUGGUGUGUCUGCCGGCGCGAGGAGUCAGUCAUGCGGCGGGGAAGCGGUGCACGGUCACCGGGUACGGCUACAUGGGCGAGACGGGUCCGAUCCCGCUGCGGGUCCGCGAAGCCGAGCUGCCGAUCGUGAACGACGCGGAGUGCAUCCGGAAGGUGAACGCGGUGACGGAGAAGAUCUUCAUCCUCCCCGCCAGCUCGUUCUGCGCCGGCGGAGAGGAAGGCAACGACGCCUGCCAGGGCGACGGCGGCGGCCCCCUCGUGUGCCAGGACGACGGGUUCUACGAGCUGGUGGGGCUGGUGUCGUGGGGCUUCGGCUGCGGCCGGCGCGACGUGCCGGGCGUGUACGUGAAGGUGUCCUCGUUCAUCGGCUGGAUCAAUCAAAUAAUAUCCGUGAACAACCAAUGAGUGCGAGCUCGCGCGUGCUCGGAGCCGCUUCCCGGUCUCUUCCCGUGCCGCUCGAGGGCCAGCCGCCGGCCUCGUGGGUCCGCGAGUGUAUUUUUCCGCUGUGUCAUGAAUGUUUUAGCUUAGCGAUGACUGUACCUGGUGGCGGCGCACCAAACGUCAGUUGUUUUCCAUUCCGCAGCCCGCGUGUCGCCGCGCGCGCCCCGUCCCUCCUCCCAGCUUUCUUUGUCUUGUGGUCGACCCAACAACAGUCACAGCCGCUCCACGACCUUCAUAUUCUGAAUUAAUUUACUUUCAGUAUUCCUAACGCGUUUACUUCUUUAUAUAUAUUUUUAUUUUAAGAGAAGUUACUGUAAAUAAAAUAUAACUUUUAGUGUAAGUUGUUACAGUCUAAUGUGUCUAAUGUCCGGUCACGUCCGGUCACGUUCGGUCGCGUUCGGUCUCGUUCGGUCGCGUUCGGUAGCGUUCAGUCGCGUUCGGUCGCGAUCGGUCGCGUUCGGUCAGCGUGAGUCUGAGACCCGCGACUGGAUGCUUAUUUUAAAGUAAUAUCAUUCGCCGCCCACCCUUUCUAUGUCGUUUUGAUAUUUCUCAAAGUCGCGCCCUUUCCUAUCAAAGCGAUCACCGACCCCGGCAGGAGUCGUGUCUCUGCUAUGGCUAUGCAGUUGUCUAAGAGCCAUUAACAUUAUAUAAUAUUUUUUACACGUCAGAGCUCUCUUUUUGGAGAGUUGUAAAUAUUCUUAACUUAUCAUUAUUAUUAUCUUAAGUAUUUUAGGACUCUAUUUAUGAUACGGAACGCAUUUAUAUUUAAUCUAUUCUGUA